UUGUGUGUAUUUUGUUGUAGGUGGUACAGAAUCUGAUUCCACCAUCAUGCACUUCGAACCACUAGCUCUGCACAAGGUGAAGGUGAUCUGGAGUCAUUCCACAGUGCCCCACUGAAAACCCCCAAAGCAGGGGCAUUUUGGGUACAAAAGCAUGAGGGAGCGGACACAACUUGCAGUUAUGGAGCACAACAAGAUUGUGGGGCAGAAACCAGCAAGGGACACAAAGAGCCAGUUGGACAACGCCCUGGACAACGCUACGAACCAACAAGAGAAAGAAAACCUUGUCUACCAGUACUUGAGAAAACUAGACGACAACGAUGACUUGAGGAUUCCCGAUUUUGACGAAGGUCUCGAAUGGCUGAACACAGAAGGUCCCCUUUCUUUCACCAGAGAGCUUGCUGGUAAAGUGGUGGUGUUGGACUUCUUUACUUACUGCUGCAUAAACUGCAUCCAUAUCCUACCUGACCUGCAUCAGCUGGAGAAAAAGCACUCUGUCAAAGAUGGGCUUGUUAUCGUGGGUGUCCACUCUGCCAAGUUCCCCAACGAAAAGGUGCUGCAGAACGUGCGGAGCGCUGUGCUCCGCUACAACAUCACCCACCCGGUGGUGAAUGAUGGAGACGCUCGGCUGUGGCAUGAGCUGGAGGUGACCUGUUGGCCCACCCUGGUGCUCGUUGGGCCCAGGGGCAACCUGCUCUUCUCGCUGGUGGGAGAGGGCCACCGUGAGCGCCUAGCGCUCUUCACCAACACCUCCCUUCGACACUACAGGGACCAGGUCCUGCUCAGUGGCCACCUCGUGGGGACCAAGCUUUACAGGGACUCUCUGCCCCCAUCGCUUCUUUCCUUUCCUGGGAAGGUAGCACUGGAUUCCAGUAGGAAGAGACUGGCUAUAGCAGAUACYGGCCAUCAUCGGGUACUGGUGGUGUCCAGCAUUGGGCUGGUGCUUUACUCUAUAGGAGGGCCUGAGAGUGGUAGGAAAGACGGUAAUCUCGACGAAGCAACCUUCUGCUCCCCACAGGGGAUUGUCAUCAAAGGAGAUACUGUCUUUGUGGCCGACACUGAAAACCAUCUGAUCAGAAAGAUUGACUUGUUGAAGGGACAGGUCAGCACCCUGGCAGGAGUGGGAUAUCAAGGCACAGACAUGGAGGGAGGGGCCAUGGGACCCCAGCAGCCUAUCAGCUCACCCUGGGACUUGGCCCUUGGGACUGCAGGUGGUGAGGAGGAUAACAUGCUGUGGGUGGCCAUGGCAGGGACACACCAGAUCUGGGCUCUGUUCCUGGAAAAUGGGAAGCUGCCUAAAAGAAGCGAGUCCAAAGCGGGGACGUGUGUACGCUUCGCCGGCAGUGGCAACGAGGAGAAUCGCAACAACGCCUACCCCCACAAGGCCGGCUUUGCCCAGCCCUCGGGCCUGGCCCCAGCUCCGGAGGAGCCCUGGGGGUGUCUGUACGUGGCCGACAGUGAGAGCAGCACUGUGCGCUCCCUGGCGCUGAAGGACGGCGCCGUCAAACUGCUGGUGGGGGGCGAGAGAGACCCCCUGAACCUGUUUGCGUUUGGGGACGUGGACGGGAAAGGAGUGGACGCAAAGCUCCAGCACCCUCUCGGUGUGGCCUGGGCUCCUGACCAAGGCCUCCUCUAUGUGGCGGAUUCCUACAACCACAAGAUCAAAGUGGUGGACCCAAAAACCAGGCAGUGUCUGGUUGUGGCUGGGACAGGGGAAGCUGGUGACGUGUUAGGGCCAAGCUUGACUGAGUCCAGCUUCAAUGAGCCUGGUGGCCUGUGUGUCGGGGAGGGGGGCAGGGUGCUGUAUGUAGCUGACACCAACAACCACCACCUCAAAGUCUUGGACCUGGACACCAAGACCGUGUCACUGUUCCCCAUUUCAGUGGAGGACGCGGUAGACUCUGCACCAACUAAGUCCUCUGGACCUUGUAAAGUCCCCAAGCUCCCCAAAUCUGCUUCUAGGGUGAAGAUGCCACCACUGGCAGUGUCACCAGGACAGACUGUCAACUUGGAGCUGGUGCUAUCGCUACCAGAGGGCACCAAGCUCACUGAAGACGCACCCAGCUUUUGGACCCUGUCAGCAGAAGGUAACGAGUGGUUGGUAGAGAACCAGGUGGUGACCGGGGACAUCCCAAAUCUUUCCCAGCCCCUCUCCAUCCCUGCCAUACUUCCAACGGUUCUCAAGGCGACAGAGGCCAGCCCCUCCCUCACCCUGAGUGUUUGGGUUUACUGCUGUCUGGCAGGAGGUGGGGCUUGUAUGAUGAAAGCCGCCUCCUUCACGCAACCUCUCCAGAUAGGCUCUACACCCAGAAACGGCUCGGUUACCGUGACACUGGCUCAUGCCUUCUAACUUAACAAGCCUCUAGCRCUUCCCUCUCGUUGGGGCUUUGUGUUUCAAAUAUGUUUCAUAUUUAAAUGAAGAUUCAAGUUUACAAAUGUACAAAUCCUUUUGAUAGCUCCUUUUGAACACAUACGAUAACAGUAACAAAUAAUUUAUCAGAUUGACAUGUUUAAACAAAGUAGAUAUAUCAUAAAUAGUAUGYAAAGGGGAAGAAAAGGUCAAACCCGGACUUAAUUCAAUCAACAAACAAAGAAGUUUGGAUACCCCCCAAAAGGAUAAGCCCACCCACCCUACUUGCUUCCUUCCCCUUUGGGGUAAAUCCUAUGUAACUUUGUCUUAGAUAAGUGUACUGUACAAUUGGCUCAUUCAUCUCCCUCCUCUCCCCUGUAACUAUUCCCRAAUUCGUUGCUGUAAAUGAGAAUGUGUUCUCAGUCAACUUACCUGGUAAAAUAAAUAAAUAAAAAGUUUAAAGUCCUUAAAUUGUAUCAAACAAUGCCUGGAGUAUAUUAUUAUAUAUUUUUGAUUUAUUUAACUAGGCAAGUCAGUUAAGAACAAAUUCUUAUUUACAAUGACAGCC